UAUUAGAUGUUCAUUAUUAUUCUUAUUAUUAUCAUAGCGCAAAUAACUAUUUGCACAAAAAUAAACACUUGUAGCCACGAGUGCUCUGUCUUUGGCUAAUGAAAAAAUACGGACUUACUGUUCCAUGUGUCCCAUCAACCUCGACUGCAGGAUUAUUAUCAUCAGUCCGGUUGGUUGUGGCUGUCCAGACGAUCCGACCUCCUCGGUUUCUUGAACUUGGAGAAGAUGGUGCGCGUGCGUUCGCUUUACGUGAUAGAAGAAGGAGUUAUACACCCGGUACUCACUCGAGCAGCCAUCAAUCCCACACACUACGCGAAAGUCCGGGCUGCGACUGUGCAUGGUAUUAAUGUGACUCAACAACUGUUUUAGAGUCAGCGCCACAAAUAUGUAACACAAGAAACAACGCCAAAUCAUGUUGGACAAAAAGAGGAUUCGAAAAGACGAUAGAAAGCUAAGGAUGCGCUGCUGCGGCAAUUCUGACGGCCGUAAUCCAGUCGUUGCUAUGGUAACUCCCGCCGGCACCACUUUGCAGCAGGUCAACCGAGGUCAACCAUGGAUUUACGGCUAUGUGCGUCACCUUACCUGCGCGCCAUUUACGCUGUAUCGACGUCCACUAAUUUGAACCGUUGGAACCAGCAACACUUAAUUGGAUGAGUGUCUCCUCAAAGAACUUCUUGUGCGCAAGUUAAACUUAGCUAAGCGAACCAGCUAGCUUAACCAUUAGCAUGGAGGGACUGGAUGAUGUCACCGCAUCAGUUUUAAGAGCUGCAAACAUCAGCGAGGAAAUGCUGAGCACCUUGUCUCGAGAAGACUUGCGGGAUCUUUUUCCAGGCCCAGAGAACUUUUUUCGGAGAAAAGCAGUGUGGAGUUUGUGUCAUGAUGUGUCAGAGGAUGUCAGUUUCUUAGUCAUAUGACUUAAAAUAAUCACCACUUAUUAUUCUGCAUUGCUGUUCAUCGUAACACAAUUAAAUUGUGCAUUUUCCACUUCCACAUUAUCUUUCAUGUUGCAGCAAACUGUCCAAGAACACUCUGGAAAUUCCUCGAUUAAUGAUUCACCGAUGCCAAAAACAUUGACUUCUUUAAAAGCAAAGCCUGCAAAGUACACAACCCCUGAAAAAGUUGUGAAGUUAUCAUUCCCGGAAUAUGUGUUGCACACCGACACUGAACUUGAGCAAGUCCGAAAACAGUACUUCGAGUUGUCUAAAACGGGCUUAGAAAGCACCUGCCAUAUGUCAAAGGAACUCAGAUGCAGACUCAUCCGAAACACCAUGACCAGUAUGAUGGCAAUUCUGAGGGCAAGAGGGGAUGAAGGAUCAGACAGAUACCCAUCAAAACCAGAAAUUACAGCAAUGGCAAAAAGAAUAGUACAAUAUUACCCAAUGCUGCAGGAUAAAGGCCUGAAGAAUACAUGGGUCACUGUGUUUACACAGCUGUACAAACGACUGCAAAAUGUGAGAUCUCCCCAAAAACGCAAAAAAGAUGGGAGUCAUUCAAAGAGCUCUACAAAGAGGCGUCAUCUUGAACACCCAGAUGACACUGAUGAAAUUGAUUCAAACGACUCAACAGUGAUUCUGGAUCUCUCCACGGAGGGUAGUAGCAGUUCAGACCCCAGCAAUAAAGAAAGAGGAGAGAAAAACCCCCAAUUGCUGCUUGAAGAAGUGACCCGUCUUCCCUCCAGUCCUGAAUCUAACAAGCCUGCUGAUAGUGCCAGUCCAGAUGCGGCCAGUCAAGCAACCUUGGCCAAGCACUACAAGGCCCUACAGGCUUUGUUUAAAAGAAAAAAUCCAAACUACCAGGAUGUUUCUCAUCUUCUGGAUUUGGAAUUUGCAGCCAGAAGAUUAUUCAUUGACUCGGAUACCAUUCGUGAGGAGGACAGACCUGAAAAUAUUCUCGAAGCUUAUCCCUGUUUUAAGGACAUUGGACAUGUGAUGGACGAGCUUCGACGCAUUUUGGACAUGAGAAACUGCAACUUCAUCAGUGAAUUAAAGGAAAGAUGGCAUGACUUCUGCCAGAAGGUGCUGUUUUUUGGUGUGUCCAAAAACAUGCUGAAACCACCAAUGGGAAUAGACAAAGUGCAACAGCCUGUCGAAAUUCUGCGUGUGCUGCCAUCACUGUUCCCCUCCAUGUCUGGUCUGCCGAAGAAAGUCAGAGAUCUAAGUCAGGCUCUGGUGCAUGUCCUAGAGGAAAAGGAAGACCCCAAUUCCUACUUGAGGAAGCGCUCUCUCACAUGCCCGGUCCUGAUUGUUAGUUCGUCCAACUGCCUUCUAGCGGUAGGAAAUGUGCCGAUAACUACCUUUCCCAAGGACAAGGUCACCGAGGGUGCUGUAUACCUGAUGGCAUACUAUUACACCCUACAUCUUACAUACCCAAAGUGUGUCGCAACUCUGAUGUCACUCAUACAAACAGAGGUCCUACUGGACAACAUUCAUGAGAGUGAUCUCACAUCAUCGUACAAAAAAAGCAUGGCUGAGUGGAAGGCUUUUAUUGGCCAGUAGGCUUGUGGUAUGCAAAAUAGCACCCACUUCUUCCCCGAGGCUGCUAUCCACAUACAAUGGUGGACAAGUUGGUCAUAUGUUAAGUUUGUGAGACCUUUUCAAUGUUAAGCACUUGGCAAAUGUUAUGGGCUGAGCAAGUGUUUGUGUGAUUUGUAUAUUUUAUGUGUUUUGAAAAUAUUUUUUGUGAUAUACUGUUGUGCAUACAGUGAGCCGUAAAGAGCUCCCCCCACAAAAAGCAUGCCAGUGCAAACAUUUAUUGACGAAUAAACGUUGAAUGCGAGACUAAUUCUCAUUUACUUGCCUUAUUUUGAGCUGAUAAUGUCUUAAAUUGAGAACAAUAUUGCUAAUAAUUAUGACUCAAAAACCCCUAAUUGUAGUCUGUUAUGCUAACUUCAAGAUAUAUUGUCUCAAAAUGCCUCUUUCUAAUCUCACUUCAAGUACAAGACAUUCUUAAAUCUAGA